CAGGCAACCAAGACGGUCUCUCAUUGCGGUGGACGGAGCGCCAUUUUGCCCAGCAUCCCACGCAAAGAUAAGAAAAGACGAAGUCUGCUGCAGUCUCCCAACAACAAAGAAACACUGUAAUUGAGAAGGACGGUAUCCGAAUUUCUUUGACAUACAGUCAUCAGCCGCCUACUCAACAUGGACGAGGUCAUUGCUCUUCUUGAGCAUCACAAGCGUCCUGAGCUGACCAAGGCUGUCAUUCCAGUGUUGCUCGACAGCCUCGUCUACAUUUCCAAAGCGCUUCGCCAAUCGCAGACAAUUUCUCUGACAGGCGGAGCAAACUCAUUUGGAGAUGGUCAGCUCAACGUCGACAUCUCGGCGGAGAAUCUAAUCCGUGAGGCACUGGCCCUGUGCCCUGCCGUGGCUACAGCGACCAGCGAAGAAGAUCCCGUUGAGAAGCCGUCUGAAUCUGGGAGCACAGCCGAGUCCAGAAAGGCAUCUGGCGAAGAAUACACGGUUGCAUUCGAUCCUCUCGACGGAAGCUCCAUUAUUGGCGCCAAUUGGUCUGUCGGCACCAUCAUUGGCAUCUGGGACGGCAGCUCUGCCUUGAACCAGUCUCCCAAGGAUAAACAAGUUGCGUCUAUUCUCGGUGUUCUUGGACCCAGAACAACAGCUAUUGUUUCUGUACGAACACCUGAAUCAUCAGAAACGUCGUGCAUUGAAGUCGGCCUAGCAGACGACUCCAGCAUCCAGAUCAUCCGCCCACAAGUGCGUCUCUUGGCAAGCGACAGCAUCAAGACGCGGUAUUUUGCGCCCGCCAACUUGCGUGCCACGGGAGAUAGCAGUGAAUACUUGGAUCUGGUUACAGGAUAUGCCUCGAAAAAGUAUACGUUGAGAUAUAGCGGCGGUCUUGUCCCUGAUGUCAUCCACGCUCUGAGUAAAGGCCACGGCAUUUACACAUCGCCCGUCACCGAGGCAAGCCCUGCCAAGCUGCGACGCCUCUAUGAGCUGUGCCCCAUUGCAUUGACUCUUGAAUGCGCUGGUGGAAAGGCUGUUGACCCGGUCUCUGGUGAUGACAUUCUGUUCAAGCCCAUUGCAGGCUGCGACGAACGAGGUGGACUUAUCUGCGGUACAACCGAAGAAGUAGACUUUGCAGCAAGCAAGCUGGUUAAACCGCGCACUUAAAAGUAAAAAAUAAUGAUACAUCAAUUUAUAAUAAUUUAUUUCCAAAUAAAACAC